CUCUUAUGAGACAAUACACAGAGCAUAAGGAGUUAGCUCGUCCAGGAAUCACAAGAUUUGCCACAAACUUCAUCACAUUGCAGUCCAUGCUUCGUUGUAAGAUGGCCUUGAGACGUAUGAUUGUUGGUGAGGAGUGGUCUUCCUCAUCCUAUGCUGCCACCCCAGCAGGGAAAGAUAUGGCAGACUGCAUUUUUGAUGAGCGAGGCUUUUGGAGCCCUUGUGAUGAGAUAGUGAAGUUUGUUAAGCCCUUGGUGGUUUUGUUGCGAGUUGCGGAUGGAGAAAAGCCCGCAAUGGGCUACAUAUAUGAGGGCAUGGAUAGGGCGAAAGAGGGCAUCAAAUCUAUCUAUGUAGGAGAUGAGAGCAAGUAUGGUCCCAUUUGGCAGAUCAUUGAUAAGAGAUGGCAUCAUCAGCUUCAUAGGCCCAUCCAUGCAGCAGCCUAUUAUUUGAAUCCGACAUUCCAUUUUAGCCCUACUUUCAGGGCUGAUGCGGAGGUCCUUGAUGGGCUAUACUCAGUCAUGGAGAAGAUGGCACCUGUUGGUUGUACUCAGACAGAUCUUAUGCGAGAGCUACAGUUGUUCUCAAAUGCACAAGGGGAGACCUUUUCUCGUCCUAUCGCCAAAGAAAGUAGGACAACUAUGAUGCCAGGUAAAAAUAAAUUGUAAGGCUUAAUUUUAGUUUUAUUGUAUAUUGUUAAAUGAGUUUA